AGUGCCUUGAGCUGAAUCGCAUAGAAAGACGUCGGGUAUACUCGAUAGUAGCUUUGUUCUCUUUCUGUUUUUUUGGUGGGGAUUUCGUGUGGCAGCAACAGCACAAUUCCGAAUUCCUUAAACAGUUUGCAGUUGGCCAACGCUAGCGCCAGAACGUGUUCGCUUAACACGCAGUUCGCUGUCAAUAUAACGUAAUAUUUUUCAAAAUUGUUCUCCCUACAAAUUUUGGCAAACAAUCAAAGUCAACUCGAAGACAUCGCAAAAGUCGCGUGUGUUUCAAAAAAAAAAAUAAAUAAAAUAAAUAAAUUGAAGAGCGGAAGAAAAUGCCAAGUGUGAAUAUGUUUAACCAUCUGUGUCUGAUGAGGGCGUCAUCUAUUUUGCUGCUAUUACAGCUCAUUAGCUGUAUAUCAAUGGGCGCAGCCAUAAAAUGCUAUGUUUGCGAUUCCAGCGACAAUCCCAGCUGCGCUGAUCUCAAGUCCAAUUCAAGCAUUGAGUCAGUGAACUGCACGCUGCAUCAAAUGAAAUCACUGGACACCUGGCUGUUUGAUUUGAACAAAGUGGCAUUCUUUAACAACGGAGCCAACAAGGAACCGAUAAUGAAUUGUCAAAAGGUUGUUGCUCGUGAUCCUCAUACCCAUAAGUUGGUCACAGCACGCUUUUGUCAACUGGACACAGCCGAUUCGGAUGCUUGCGAAAUUCUACGCCACAAGCUGAGCAUACCCAAGGACGGGAAUCGCGAGCAACGGCGUCCAGAGCGGGAUCAACAGCAGCAGCAACGACGCAAGGGCUAUGGACAUGACGAUGGACAGGAUGUAUCACCGGCGGAUGAGUUCUUUUGUGACAUUUGCAACAAGAACAAUUGCAAUGGGGCUGAUGCUGUAACGUUGACAACAUACACAGCAAUCGCCGGAAUGUUUGUAUUGCAACAGCUGCUGACAGGGCCACUGUUGGGCUGCUGAAGCGGGGCAGUGGAGGUGAAAAUACGCUGGUUGCAUUUAGGUUGAGUUACCUUUAACGUUUAUCGUUUACUUUGUAAAUAUUCGAGUGCCCAUUGAACGACAUCGUUGGUUUGUACAACAUCGAGAAGCCAUCACACCAAUUCCCAAAGAGGAACAAAAAAAAACUAAAACGAAUAAAACAACCCUCCAAAGCCACCCAAAAAAAAA